AUGCUCUUUUUACCAUUUCUUUGCCCGGCUCUGCUCACCCUCCUCACAUUUACCCCUCUCACCACGGCUGCCUCCAAACCCAAGAAUGCCAUCUUACUAUCAAAAGUAAAAACUCUCACUCUACGCGACAAUGCCCAGACAUCUCAUCGACGAGUUUCAGCUGUUCCACAGCUAUCAUGUAGCGGCCCUGGCUGUCGACAUUACAAAGUUGACGUCAUGCGCUGUACCAACCAAGGAUCCGAUUAUUCUUCCGAAGAUAUUCAAUGGUCCUGCACUGCAAAUCUUCCAGAGGAAUUUAAGCUAGGAAGUACAGAUGUUAUAUGUGAGGGUUAUGAUAGCAAGGAUGAUGAAUACGUGUUGAAGGGUAGUUGUGCUGUGGAAUACAGGUUGUUAUUGACGGAGGAGGGCGAAGCAAAGUAUGGAAAGAGCUUUUGGGACGGUGGAAGUGGAGAGAGCUCUGUAGAGAAAGGAAUGGGUUUAUUAUUCUGGUUGAUAUUUGUGGGAGUUUUGGGAUGGAUUCUUUACUCGAUGGUUCAAAAUUGGAGACAAGGACCCGCUAAUGGUCAAGCGGGAAGAGCCGGGGGAGGAGGAGGUUUUGGAGGAUGGGGAGGAGGAGGACCAGGAGGACCAGGCGAUGACGACCCCCCACCACCUUAUCCAGGAACUGGAAAACGAUCUACAAGAAACUAUGGUGCUACUGAACAAGCGUGGAGACCUGGAUUUUGGUCUGGUGCGGCGGCAGGUGCUGCUGGUGGUUAUUUCGCAGGAAAUAGAGCGAAUAGACAAAAUCAAGGUGGUGGUAGCUGGGGAGGUGGAGGUGGAAGUAGCUGGGGUGCAGGUUCUGGAUCUGGAAGCUCAAGCGCAAGCUCCCCCUCUACCAACACUCGGUCAAAUACUGGAUUCGGCUCUACGUCGAGAAGAUAG